AUGUUCCUAUCGCUCUACGAUAACCACUUCACCGGUGCUGCAAGCGACCUCCUGGUUAACCCAACCAACAACACCAAGAACGACCUCAUGACCCAGCUCUACGGCAAUCCCCUCUGCUCGCCAUACCGGCCCAACCUCUUCACCGUCUGCUCCCCCCCCGUCGAGUUCCCCAAAUACACCUUCCCUGAAUACUGCCCAGACAUCACCUGCAACGGCACCUUCGAUGCUCCCAGCUUCCCGCAUUUCGCCCUUUCGAACCACGACUGCCAGUGCGUGACGACGCUGAGGGUGCAGCUGAGGAUGCUGGCACCGCAGUACACCGCAUACAACCAAGAUGUUGUGAAGAAGGUCAAGGGGUGGCUGCAACGCAGCUUGCAUCGUCAGGGCGUGUGGAUGCAGUGGCAGCAGGUCAUCAUCGGCAGCAUCGUGGUCCCCAUUGCCAUGGACAGCGACGUCACCGUGACUCUCAUCUUCUUCCCGCCUCUCGACGACCCCACAUGGGUGAACGAGCCGGCCAGCACACAGAAGACGAGGAUCCGCUCUCUCUUUGACGCCCACAAGCUCUCUCUGGGCUCUGCCAUGGGGCCAUACACCAUCAAAGGGUUCUAUGGCCCGGAUGAACCUCCUGCCAACGUCACUGCACAGGCACCACCAGCGGAGUCAGGGGGGAUUUCAAUCGCAGUGGUGGUGGGUAUAGUGGCAGCAGGAGUGGCGAUUCUCGCUCUGCUGCUCGUGGGCCUUACCUGGUUCCUGCUGCACCGUCAGAAGAGGCAAGAUUGGUGGAAGGAGGAGGACUAUGAAGCAAUAGAGGGGCUGAACCUGGUGGGCGUGCAGCGGUUCAAACUGGCAGAGCUGGCAGAUGCGACCCAGGGGUUCAAAACGCUGCUGGGGGAGGGCGGAUAUGGCCAGGUGUACCAUGGGGAGCUGCCAUCGGGCGAGAAGGUGGCGGUCAAACGUGCCAAGCCAGGCGUGCAGGUGAAUGGGAAAGAGUUUCGCAACGAGAUAGAGCUGCUGUCGGCAGUGAGGCACCGCAACCUGGUGCUGCUCAGGGGCUUCUGUGUGGAAGCAGGGGAGCAGCUGUUGGUGUAUGAAUUCAUUGAAAAGGGCACCCUGGAAGACAUUCUCAGAGGCAAGUCCGACCUCCACCUGAUGUGGCAGCAGCGGUUGGACAUCGCAUGUGGGGCAGCCAGGGGGUUCGCCUACCUGCACCAUCAGAUCAAGCCGCCCAUCAUUCACCGAGACGUGAAGACGGCCAACAUCCUGGUCACAGCAGCGGGGGAGGCGAAGGUGGCAGACUUUGGGAUCUCCAAGGCGGUGAUGGAAGGGGAGCAGCUGGACACGCAGGUCAAGGGCACCGUGGCCGUCCAGGAACAUACGGAAAGGGUGGAGAGCACGUCCUUUAGCACAGUGAAUGGAGGCGCCAAGAGGAUUCGCAUGACUGAUUUCUCGGAAGACACGGCGUUAGAUGCCAAAAAUGCGGCGGAUGAGGCGAUCAGCCUCCUCUACGCCGGCCUCUGCCUCCCCGCGCACCUCGCCGAUCACCCGCUUUGGCGCAACGCGGUGCAAGCCAUUGCGCGUGCGGGAAGCGGCUACAUCCCCCCUGAUCGCCGCCACGUUGGUGGCUCCGGAUUGCAGCAGUCCCGGGUAUUGAUCGAGCAGGAGCUGGAGCCCGUCGCAGCAAGCUGGAAGCGGCAUGGCGUCACCCUCGCGAUUGACACAAUGACUGACAAGCGCGGCCGGUCGCAAGCGAAUGUGUGGCUCGUGAACGACUCGGGCAGAGUGUUCAUGGAGAGCAUGGAUGUCAAUACAUCCGGCUACGUUGUCAGCAUGUUGCGACCGAUUGUGGAGAAGGUGGGGCCCGAGAACAUCGUUGCUCUCUGCAUGGACGGCGAGAGUAGCUACGCCGACUCUUGCCGAGAACUGAUGCGCGAGUGGCCGCACAUUGAGUACGUUCCUUCCGCAACGCAUGUGUUGAAUCGGAUGAUGGAAGACAUAGGGAAGAUGGCAUGGGCCAAGGGGGUGGUUGAUAGGACGGAUGAGCUUAUUGGGUUUCUCCGCAACCACGGCGAAGCGAUCCGCUUUUACCUGAGGAGCACAGGUCAGCCCGAUGGCAAGGUGUUGCAAGUGUUGAGGUCGCAAAACGCAAGGUUCGGAACACAGUUCAUUGCCGUGUCUAGCCUUUGUGAGCUUCGGGCACAGCUGACGCGGAUGGUGGAGAGCGAUGCGUGGAAGGUGUGGGUUACGGGGACGAAGCAGAAGGUGAAGGCGGAAGCGGAGGGAUUCGCCGCGUGUGUCGGGGACGCAGCGUGGUGGAAGGCUGCUGAGUUGUUCGUGAAGCUGAUGAAGCUCGUGUUUGUGGUGAUGCAGGCGGUUGAUUCGAGCGGCAAGUCAACGAUGGGCCGUAUGUAUGACACGAUGCGGCAGUUGACAGAAGAUGUGGAUGAGGUACUGAAGGGAGAUGGGGAGUUGUUGAGUGAAGCGGAGAAGGAUCAAAUUUCGAGGCUUGUGAAGGAGAGGUGGCACGGGAGCUUUGCGUGUACUUUGCACGUGGUGGGCCAGAUCCUCAAUCCGGGCAAACAUGGUAGGGGGAUCUUUGGAACGGACCCUGUGAUAUCAAGGGCCUUCAAGAAUUUCAUCAGCAGCCAUAGCAAUUUCCUUGCGCAGGAUGGGAUGGAGGGAGGGGAGCAAAGUGCUGAGUCGGCCCUGGUGGGCGGUUUUUUUGCAUUCACGGAUUUGAUGCAAGGUAGAUUUCACUCGUGUGACGCACGGGCUGAGCGGGAUGCGGUGAAGGAAGGGAGGCUCAGCAUGGUGCAAUGGUGGACUACUCAUGGCUCUGACCACCCGGUGAUAACGGCCCUUGCAUGCCGUGUUCUCUCUCAGCCCGUGUCUGCGGCUUCCUGCGAUUGGAACAGGACAGCUUGGGAUUCGGUACACACCAUCCGACGGAAAAGGCUGGGUGCGGAAAAGUGCCGCGAUCUGGCUUACAUUGCACACAACUGGCCGGCAGUGCUCAACAGAGGGGAGGGUUUUGAAGGGGGGUUGGAGAUGGCAGCAGAGAACAGCCUUGACUCUCCAGGGUCUGCGGAGUAUGACGAGGGUGAGGAGUCGGCAGAGGAGGAGGGGGAGGAGGAUGAGGGGAUGGAGGAGGAAGGGGAGGAGGAGGAGGGGGAGGAGGAGGAGGGGGAGGAGGAGGAGGGGGAGGAGGAUGAGGAGGAGGACGAGGAGGGGGAGGAAGAAGAAGGGGAGGAUGAAGAGGAGAAAGAUGAAGUGUAA